GUGCAGAGAAGAACAGGUGGGCAUCAUGAACAAAUAUCAGACAUUCGAAAAUGAAAGUGAUAAUGAUCUGCCUGCAACAACAAUAGAACCAGAACAUUUAGACAUUAGCUUGAGUACAUCGAAACCUGGAGUCAAUUCAGCUUCCCCCAAAAUCACCAGAUCAGUUGGACAGUCUAGAUUUGUUGAAAAUUCCCUUGAAAAUAAUGGAAGUUCUCACACUGCUGUGGUUAUAUCUGAUCCUGCUGAAAUUGAAGAAACUGAUAAUGACAUUGGAUUUAUACAAUUCCAAUUGAAGAGAAUAAUAGAGCACUUAAUUUUCAGAGUUUUUAGUUUAUUGUUGAUUCUUACUGACAUUUGUGUUUUGAUUGCUGCUUUGGCUAUGACAGAUAAAACUGAUGAUCAAGAUAAAGCUUUUGAAGUUACUGCAUUAUGUUUUGUUUGUUAUUUCCUUUUUGAAGUUUUUCUUCGUGUUCUCGCAAAGGGUCCAAAGCAUUUCUUCAAUGAGUGGUUUAACGUUGUUGACCUGGUUGUAGUAAUUAUUUCCUUCAUUGUCACUGUCAUUUAUACUUCAGUUGACCUGGGUUUUGGAUAUGCCAAACUAGUAGUUGCUGGCCGUUUAAUACGCAUUGUCACUUUUGUCAGACUAUAUACGGAGCGGAAACAUCUAGUAAAAGGAGCACGCCAGAUGGUUUCACAGAACAAACGCAGAUACCAAAAAGAUGGCUUUGAUUUGGAUCUGACGUAUGUGACUGAGAGAGUGAUUGCCAUGUCUUUUCCUUCAUAUGGGAAGAUGUCUUUGUAUCGAAAUCCCAUAAAGGAGGUGGCACGUUUUCUGGACUUCAAGCACAAAGAUCAUUAUAAGGUUUACAACCUGUGUAGUGAAAAAACAUAUGAUGACACGUAUUUUCAUGGACGAGUAGAAAGGUUCAUCAUUGAUGACCAUAAUGUGCCAUCUGUGAAGGAUAUGGUUCGAUUUGUGAAGAAUGUUCGUGAGUGGCUGAAUCAAGAUAAAUGUAACGUUAUUGCUGUACAUUGCAAAGGUGGAAAGGGAAGAACUGGAACUAUGAUUUGUGUUUGGCUUGUUGAAGCCGGCUUAUUUGGUAGUGCUGAAGCUAGUCUGGAUUACUUUGGAAAUCGACGCACUGAUCUCUCAAAAAGUAGUAAAUUUCAAGGAGUUGAAACUCCGAGCCAGAAUCGUUAUGUUGGAUAUUUUCAAGAAAUUAAAGAGAGAUAUAAUGGAGUGCCUCCUGAAGAAGUUAAUUUAAGGCUAAGACAGAUAAGAAUUAAUGCUGUGGCUGGUAUUGGAAAAGGUGAUGGAUCUGAUUUGUCUUGUGAAGUAUUUAUUGGACGUUCUAAAGUAUUUGAAUGUGACUUUGGUCUUAAUAAAAAUUGUCAAGUUGAGUAUAAAUCUGAAGCAGAUGUGCUUGAAGUGACAGUUCUGAACUGCCCUAUUCUGCAUGGUGAUGUUAAGUUAAGAUUUCAGUGUUCAUCACGAGGUGUUCCAAAAGGAUAUGAAAAUUGUCCAUUUUACUUCUGGUUUCACACAAGUUUCAUAAAAAACAACAGACUGGAAGCACAUUGUUGUAGAUUGUCAAUCUUCCUCGCCAUCUGCGCUGCUGUCAUCACUGAUGCUUCCCGAAUUGCAGGUUUCAAGUACAGAGAGAUUAUCUGGAUAAUCCACAUAAACCAAAAACUUGGAAGGUAUUUAGAGAAAAGCUCUCCAUUGAAUUAUUAUUCAGCUCUCCUGAUGAUAAACUAGAUAUUCCAUUACAUUAGAAUGGUUAAAUGCGAUUUCAGCUGGGCAUUAUUCGUGAAUGUGUAAUCAAUAUGCUAAUGGUUUAGGAAAAGUCAUAAGAACUUUUUAUUAUGUCCUGUGAUUUUAAACUUGUUAUGACACAUAUUGUUGACUCGAGAUUUAUAAAGUUAUUUUGUAUACCUUCCAAAGCCAACAUGUUAUUUUAAGAAGAAGGGGAUCUUAUAUCUCAUUUUAGUUAAAAGAUGACUGAAAUCUAUUAUUAUUACCUUUUUUAACACCAAAACAAUUUUCAAGGAGCUUAAUAUUUUUUUUAAACUGAUGGAACUAUAUUGCUAUUUUUGGAUGCAAAUCAGCUGUGAAUAAUUUUAAAAUACUACCUGGAGUAAAAGUUAUAUAGUAGCUAUUUUAUAUAUUUAUUAUUGCUAUUUGAAGUAUAUUUUUAUACAUAUGUUUACAACUUGAAUUUACAUUUUCUUUCUGCUAAAAAAUCUGACAUGUAUUGGCAUUUUAAAAGCUAUAUUUUGAGUUAUAUUGUAACUUUGCACUUGUUAACCUUGAAAUAUUAAUAAAUUUUUUUGAACAGUC